UGCCGGGCGGCGGUCCUGUGCAGUCCUGUACCGGCCACUACCUGAGCACAGCAGGCCCUUCAUUUUAUCCUGAGUGUUUGUGACAGCCUGCUAUGUGAUUGGCCGGCUGUGAUCACGUGAUCCCUGCUGCACGGGCUGAACUCCUGCACUGGACACUCGGUCAAAUGUAGGAGAAAAGUCCAGAAUCUUAGAAGGGAGGAAAGUCCCCGGCGAGAUAAAGAAAAUGUCAGUAAGUCGCCUGGGAAGGCUGGGGCAGCGGUCCAGUGUCCUGUUUCUAUGCGACAUGCAGGAGAAGUUCCGGAAUAACGUAACCUUUUUCAAUCAGAUUGUGUCUGUGGCGGCACGAGUACUCCAGACUGCGAAGAUAUUGGAAAUCCCAGUCGUUGUCACCGAGCAGUACCCCAAAGGCCUUGGUCUCACUGUGCCCGAACUUGGAGCUGAUGGUAUCAAAAAAUAUUCUAAGACGUGUUUCAGUAUGCUGACUCCAGAAGUGGAGAAGGAGCUCCAGUCCAUCCCUGAACGGCAGUCUGUAAUAUUAUGUGGCAUCGAGACCCAUGCGUGCAUCAUGAGCACCACACUGGACCUGCUCAAUAAAGGCUUCGAUGUCCAUGUUGUAGCUGAUGCUUGUUCUUCCCGAAGUCAGGUAGACCGCCUAGUAGCUCUUUCCAGAAUGAAGCAGAGUGGAGCGUUUCUAACCACCGGUGAAGGAGUCAUCUUACAGUUACUACAGGAUGCGGCUCAUCCGAAAUUCAGAGAGGUCCAGAAGAUUAUUAGGGAUCCUGCUCCUGACAGUGGACUUGUGGCCCUGUUUCACAGCCAGAAUCCUCUCUUUACAUGAAGAUGUCCAUAUUGUUGCCAGUUGUUUCAGAGAACAAUGUGAAUGUAUAAACAACAAUACUAUCAAGGGGGCUCACCAGUAUCCAGCUCCGCCUGCUCUACCACCGAGCUGUUAUACUGAAAAUAUGUAAUUAAUGGCUGGCUUGAAUAAACAAAUAAAAAAGGAAACAAUAUAUAUAAAAUAUAUAAAUAGAUGUAUGUGUUUUAUAUAUAUUGUUUCCUAUUUUAUUUUCAGAACAAUGUGAAUGUAGCAAGAAGCCUAUUGUAACAAAUCCAAUAAAAUACUGUCUCCUGAAAA